AUGCCACUUAAUGAUAUAACGCCGUCCAGUAACAUACCUAAGCUGUCUAACGGUAAGAAACGUUUUAUGGACGCACAAGAUGAUGAUAACACAUUUUUACCACCUGCUUUAAGUUCAUAUAGCAUAGCAUUAUUAAAUGAAAGAACAAAACAGCUGCCUUCACAAAUAACAGGGAUCUAUGAAUUUGACUUUCCCAAUAGUCGAUCGAAGAAUAACUUGAAAAACAAAUUAUCAGUUCAUUUCAGAGAAGCGGAACCAAUCAACCCUAUAGAGAAACCAAGCACGCCAUAUUCUAGUCACGGCAAUAAUUCAAUCAUACCCACCAGCAUUCCAAACGAUAAUAAAAGCUAUAAUAUUAGUCAUAGCAUCACAACCGCUAAUUCGCACAAUCAGAAUCAAAACAAUGCUUCAGCCCACAACUCAUUUAAUUUGUCAACAAAUAACUUCAGUUCACAUACACAUAAUACAACUUCAGAAUAUAAUGAUGAUUUAAUGGAUAUAUCUCCACAUGAAUCUACGUCGAGAAAUUCAUCCAAUCAUACACCUUCUACUACAUUUAAUGAAAAUGCUCCUCCAAGCUCGUCGUCCCAAACAAAGUCAAAUGUUUCACAAGUUCAUACUCUAAAGAGAAUGAGAGGAACGAGAAGAUUUGGAAGGAUAUUAGGACCACCUAAAAGAGCCUUGAAAUUAAGUGAAGAAAGAAAUAUGCAAGCUGAAUAUGACGGUAUAUCUACUAAUGAACCUAAUAAAUUACAAUUCUCGCAUGACAAAGCUCUUUCUACUACUAAUGAUGACAAUAAUGAUAAUAAUAAUAACACUAAUACUACCAGUAAUAAUAACAAGAUUAAUAAUAAUGCAUUAUCAACACCUCCACCCUUAUUCACGACAGACUUUUCCCCAAAACCUAAUCGCAUCGAUAACUUAAGAGAGAAGAAUACAGAAUCAGUAUUUUUCAAAACAUUAAAAAAAAUGAAAUCUGAAUCUCCAGGUGAUGAUAUUAUCUCGAAGCAAAAAGAAUCUGAAUUGCGUAGACGAAUUGAUGAACAGAAAAAGAUAAACGAAAUAGAGAGCCAGUUAUCCAAAUCCAAAAGUAUUCAAGAUAUUGAAAUGGAAAUAAGUGAGUUAAAUAAUUCGAGGCAUGAAGAAAACGAUAACCUGGAUAGAAAGGGGUUUAUUUCUUCGUAUUUGGCAGAUACAAAUGAAGAAGGAAAUAAAGAAAAUAUAAACUCAACUUCGAAGGAAUCUAAUAUAUCUAUAAAGAAUGAACAACCAAGACAACCGUUCAAUAAUGUGUCUCCGAAUCAUCUUAACAGAAUUGCAACAGAUGAGGCAGAUUUCAGAAAACCUAAAUUGCCCAAACCAAUUGUACAGCAAUCACAAAUGACUCCCCCUAGUAGUUCAGAUGAUCACAAAAGGAAGAAAUGUAUUAGUAUAAAUGGAAAUCAAUAUGAAAAAUUAGAGUUAUUGGGUAGAGGAGGAUCGUCGAAGGUUUAUAAAGUCAAGUCUUUGUCCAACAAUAAGCUAUUUGCUAUUAAAAAGGUGACGUUUGAUCAAUUUGAUGACCUAUGUGUACAGGGAUUUAAAGGAGAGAUUGAUUUGUUGUUGAAAUUGAAGGAUGCGGAUAGAGUGGUCAAAUUAGUUGAUCAUGCUAUCGGUGAGGGUUCUAUCUAUUUAGUGAUGGAAUGUGGUGAUAUUGAUUUAGCACAUGUCUUUCAGAAUAAGCUAAGCAUGAAUAAUGUUUUGGAUAUUAAUUUUGUCAAAUAUCAUUCAAUCGAGAUUUUAAAAUGUGUUCAAGCGGUGCAUAGAGCAGGAAUAGUUCAUAGUGACCUUAAACCUGCUAAUUUCUUAUUUAUUAGAGGUAUCUUGAAGAUUAUUGAUUUUGGAAUAGCGAAUGCUGUACCUGAUCACACAGCAAAUAUUUACCGUGAAUCACAAAUUGGUACACCGAACUAUAUGGCACCUGAGGCAUUAGUUGAAGUUAGCCAAGCCUUUCCAGGUUUACCUGUACCAAAUAACAAUAAUAAUCAGCAACAAUCUUAUGGACUGCAAAGAAAUACAUGGAAAGUAGGAAAGCCGUCAGAUGUUUGGUCGUGUGGCUGUAUAAUAUAUCAAAUGAUUUAUGGCAAACCCCCAUAUGGUGGAUACUCCGGUAAUCAAAGAGUGAUGGCAAUCAUGAAUCCCCAAGUAAAAAUACAAUAUCCAGGUAAAGGCAUAGGUAAUAUAAAGGUUCCCCAAAGUGCAAUUGAAUUGAUGCAAAAGUGCCUAACUAGAAAUCCCAAUGAAAGAUGGACUGUAGAACAGUGUUUAAAUAGUGAUUUUUUGAAUCCUAAGAUUGUAAGUGAAACUUUCGUUAGGGACUUAGUUCAUCUGGCUGUUAAUUUUGGCCAUAAUAAUCGUGUUAAUGGCAACGGCUUGAUUACGGCAGACGUCUACGAUCGCUUGGUCGAUACCGUUUUGAAACAAAUUGAAGAUUUGAAUUUCGGUUAA